ACCAUGAGCGGCUGCUCCGGCGCUGCACUCAAGCAACUCGCCUCCAAGGUUACAUGCGACACCCAUCUGGUGUCCUCAUUCGACAAGAGCAUGGGAGAGAAGAUGUGGCGUGCGAACGCACUGCAGCUCGCUAGUGCCAUUCUGGCUGGACUCAUAGUCAGGAUAGGCAUCUAUGGCCAGCGUUACCGCCACCACCACUUCACCAGGUUUGUCUUCCUCGGAGCCACCACCCUGUUCUUGCCUGUCGUCUCCGCCGUUGUCUCCAUGGGCGCCGGUGAGAAUGACUACGCCAUAGGAAGGCGUGACAAGGAAACCGGGGACUUCAACCGCCUGAUUGCAGAGUGCGACCCAGAUGUACACUCGAUCCUAGUAGUAGUGUGGGCAUCCCUUGUUCAGAUCAUCAUGAUCAAUAAUACCAGUAGUGUAGUAGUUGCUGUUAAUGAUAGAGAAGGUGGAAGCAUAGGUCCUCCAUUUGAGCUUCUUGUUCAGGGGCUUUGGACCUUUUACCUUGGUAUCACCUAUAUCCUUCCCUUGACUCCUGGCACGGGGAACAUAAUUGCUAGUGCCUUUGAAGUGCUACCUUUUUCUCUCAUAUGUACUAAAAUGGUAUUCAAAUACUAUGCAUUUGAAAAGGCACGACAAUCCUUUGCUCUCGGACGCAAUCCCCAUCUUAUUUCAGGAUACAUGAAGCAACAAUCUUUGCAAGAAACAUGUCACCAUGGUGAACCAGUGGUAGCUGAGGAUGGGCCUCCUCCGCUACUGGUUAUGGGAGAAGAGAAGAGAAGAGAAGAGACAUGUUGAGAAGCAGCCGCUUGGGCAUGUGCUCAAGGCUGACUCAUGGAAAGCUUCUCAUACCAAUGGCCUGGUGACUAUUGAUAGAGUUUGGAGGCUGGAUACACUAAAGCCGCAAAAGGACUUAUGCUUCUCAUUUGCAUUGUUCAAGUUGUUGCGGUGCCGAUUUGCAAGGUACGAGGUCAGAAAAAAUAAUGCUGGCUCCAAGGACAUCUUGAGUUUUUUCUGGAGCUUAUUGCAGAAGGAUGGCGAACAUAACAGGGUCUUUAUGGUUAUUUCAGAUGAGAUUUCUUUCCUUAAUGAUUAUUAUUAUUCAUCCUUCCCGAUCUACUAUUCAAAGUAUUGGUUGCCCAUUCUGGGUAUCUUUAUCUCACUAUUGUGCAUAGCUUGCUGCUGUGUAUUGUUGAUCACAAUGUUUGUGGUGCUAGUGCUGAUUAAGGAAUACCACCACCUCCCUCAAAUGGAUUGCCAUACAUUUUGCAUUCGAGAACCACUGAUCGGCGACUACACGGGUGAACACUAUGGAAGCUGGUACCUCGAUCUGGUGCCAGUAUUUUUGCUUUUGGUGUUAGUCAUGAUGGCUGAGGCUGAUGAAGCAUUGGGAUGAGAAAAUAGGUCAAUGCUCUAUCCUGGAGAUUCACCCGAGAACAGGAACCUUGACUGUACCUCUCAAGCGUCUCCUCCAUUUGCCGGAUCAGAAGAGGAAGGUCAAGGUGCCAGCAGCGGUGAAGGUUUGCAUCAUGGAAGUGCUAAGAAGCAGUAGAAAUGGGCACCUUAGCAAUGGCGCAGCAUGUCUCAGCCGCCGGGGCCAAGUUGGUGAAAGGCUUCUCUGGGCUUGCAACAACAAGAGUACAUCUCAUACCAUAAUUACAUGGCACAUCGCCACAAGCAUCCUCGAGGUCAGGUACACACACCUGGAUAGCGAAGAACAAGAUUCGAGCACUAACUAUAAGAUUGCUGCCACUCGCCUGUCAUGUUAUUGUGCCUACCUUGUGACAUGGUGUCCUGAGUUGCUUCCUGACGACGACGAAUGGAGCAGGAGCCUGUACGAAGAUGUCAAGAAGGAAGUUGAGCGUUUCUUUAACUGCUGCGCAGCAGGAGGCUCAUUGACGCCAGAAGCCAGAUGCCAACAGCUGAUCGAAUUGUUGGGUGCAAAUGCAGAGCAUGAGGUGCUCAAGGAAGGAGUGCGGCUGGGGGAGCAAUUGGUGGAGCUGAUGGUCGUCGAUGGGGAGGAUACGGCUGUGUGGAAGUUGAUGGCUGAAUUUUGGUCGGAGAUGAUCCUAUACGUCACGCCGUCCGACAACCAGAAAGGGCACAAGGAGGCCAUUGCAAGUGGCGGGGAGCUGAUAACGCUGCUCUGGGUGUUGCUCUUCCAUGCCGGAAUCGUUAGCAGGCCGGGUGAAGACGACAGCACUGCUUCUACUUCUGCAGGUGCCGUUUAGUUUACUUGGAGUCCUCGGUCUGCGGUUGGACUUGCUCUGUUGUGCGUGCCAUCUUAAUUCGCAUGUUGGGUUAUUUA